GCUCCUGGCGCGUAGCACUUCAACAAGCAGCAGGAGGACAUUGAAUUCGGGACAAAUUUCAAUCUAAUCAGGCCACUGCCGACUGUCGACCCAGGACUGCUUGACGGGUCCAUAGCAGCAUAGUAGGACGGGAAUGCCGUGGUGGUUCCGUGGAGGAGGAAAACGAGCUCGGAAGAAACCAUUCAACGGAAGUUGGAUGUAAGUGGGGGAAAACGAGUGGUAGUGGGGAAGAAGCCAAGUGAAGUGAGAGAGGUAGAAAGGAAAGAAUUAGACGUUUGAGCCGCCACACGCACGUGUGGAAGCUGGAGGGGUGCUGGCGGCGGGGGGCGAAAGGCAUCAACGGGAGAGACAUGAGUCUCCGAGGAUUUAUAGCAGUGCUUCUGGUCGGAAUCAACGUUAUUGCAGCCGGAACGUCAUUACUGUUGGGAUUGCUUGCGACAGGUGCUAGGCCGGUGUUAGGGACAACCAACGAUGGUCUGGCCAAUCAACUGCUGGAACAACAGCACCCUCAACCACAACCACCACCACCACCAUCAUCGCCACAAUCACAGCAGGCGUCGAUAGCGCCAGUGGAACUGCCGCAGCUAGGGCUGCUGCGAUCACUGCCGGUGGUCACCGAGCCCACUCCGAAUGCCGCAGCCAACAUCAUCAACCUGGACCGGGAUGGGGGCGUUAGUUUUAUUCCGCGGAAGGACUUCCGCCUACAGCAACGGGCAGUGCCGGCCGAGUACGCCGGGGCUUCGGCCAUGCCGCACUGCGAAUCGUUCACCAUGGGCAAUCCGGACCAGAAGAUGCUGUACAGUCCGGGUGCGCCCGGAAACUAUCCGAACAACAGCGACUGUGUCGUAGUGCUGGAGGCCCCGGUCGGGUCGCUGGUGCGGCUGGACUUUCGCGAUCAUUUCCAUAUCGAACCGUCGGAGGAGUGUAAAUAUGACUUUUUAGAGAUCCGCGACGGUGCCCACGGUUUCUCGACGCUACUUGGCAAGUACUGCGGUACGACCUACCCGCCGAUGAUCACCUCGAAGGAGCGCUUCCUCUGGCUGCGGUUUCACUCGGACGAGAACAUCGAGUACAGCGGUUUCGUCGUCGUCUACGAAUACGUGCCAAGGCCGACGUCAUAUUAUCAUUUUUGA